AUGCCGGGAGUCGGUGGGAGGCUGGCGGUGCGUCCCGGCUGCGCGGCGGGAAGGCGCAGCGGGGCCGGGAGCGGGGUUCAGCGGGGCCGGACCGUGCCGCGCCCCCCCCCCCUCCCUCCCUCCCCUCACGGCCGCCUGGCUCCCGCAGGCCGCCAGCGCUCCUCGGCCCCGCUGCAGGUCCUGCUUUUCCUCAACGGGUGGUACAGCGCUACCUACUUCCUCCUGGAGGCCUUCGUCUUCGUGUACAAAGUGCUGCUGCUGCCGUACCCCUUCACCAACCUGGUGCUGGACGUGGUGCUGCUCUUCCUCUACCUCGGCACUGAGGCCACUCGCAUCUUCUUCGGGUCCAAGGGCAACCUGUGCCAGCGGAAGGUGCCGCUCUCCAUCAGCCUGGCCCUGACCAUCCCGGCUGCCGUGAUGGCGGCCUAUUACCUGCUGCUGCAGACCUACGCCCUGCGCCUGGAAGCCAUCCUCAACGCCAUCCUCCUCCUCUUCUACGCCGUGGAGCUGCUGCUGGGCGUCCUCGCGCUGGUCUCCUUCUCCAGCGUGGAUUCGUACUGAGGCCCCGUGCCACGCCAAAGGACCAGGCACAGAGCGGCACAGGUACGCGAGGUGGCGGCGAGCCAGCGGCCCCGGUGCCAGUUCCACCUCCCAGGCCAGGCCCACGCCGGUGCCCCUGCCUGCAGGCAGCCCCGGGCAGGGGAGGUCUGCACCCUGCCUGCUCUCCGCUUCACCCGCAGCAUGCACGAGCGACCUGCCGGGCAGCACCCAACCCGCUGCCACCCGGGACGCGGCACCCAGGGCUUGUGACGCGCAGGUCAGUUCGAGG